AGUGAAUCUAUGAAUGAUGACCUAAGUUCUGAAAGUGACACUAAAGAAGUAUACAUUUCAAGUGAUGAUAUGGUCGAUAGUACUGAAUGGUCUAUUGAUUCCUGUGAAUUUGCUUUGGAUGGUAACAUAGAUACAAGUAAUGUUGAACAACUUCUUGAUAUAUCAGUUGACAUUGAUACAGACAAUGUUGGAAUUGACACAGCCGUUUAUAAUGUCAUGAAUUUAGAUAAUGAGAUAAAUGAAUUUCAAGAAACAUCAAGUGUGCUCAAUGACUAUGAAUCGCCCGUGUUUUCUAAUUUACCAAACUUACCUACUGCGGGUUUGUUUGGUGUGACGGAUAAUAAUGAAAUGCCGAUAGCUGAAGCUACUGAGUCCAGCUCGGCUGUACAAAGUGAAACUUUGUCACCAACAAACCUUCCAAAUUUUACUGAAAUGGACUCAAAUACAUCACACGGUACUGUUAGCGAGAAUAAGAGAGCAAAUGAAGAGGGUCCAGUCCAUAGCCGGGACUAUAUGCCAAAACUUGAAGUUCUCACUGAACGGUUUGGUACUUCCUUUACUUUAGGGCGUACAGAUAACGGACCUUCAGGUUGUGAAAGGCCCAGAAACAAUGUAAAAACAUACAGAAAACGAAGAAUUCGAAGGAAAUCUAAACAUUGAAUCAGUAUGGUACAUAUAUCUCAACAUAUACCCGCACUUAAAACAAUUUGCCAUUCCAUCUACAUUACAAAUGGAAAGUCA